AUGGCGUUGACGCGCGCCCAGCGCUGCCUGGUGCAGGUGCUGCGCUGCUUCUCGCGCGCCUUCCUGGCGCUGCUCAGCCUGUUGCUGCGCGUCUCCGCCUUGCUGCGCUGGAAAGCCAAGGGCGCCCGCGGAUCGCGCCCUGCGCGCACCGUCCCGCCGCCCGACCAGCCGCUGCUGCUCCUGUCCGCCGGGGAGCUGGCGCGGCGCAUCCGCCGCAGGGAGUUGAAGUGUGUCGAUCUUCUUGAAGCAUACAUUGAGAGGAUCAAGCAGGUGAACCCACUCAUCAAUGCUAUUGUUAAAGACAGGUUUGAGGCUGCCUUGCAGGAGGCACAGUUGGUUGACCAGCUGCUCUCUGAGGGACAUGAAGAUGAAGAAUCACUCCGGAAAAAUUUCCCCUUGCUGGGCAUUCCUGUCAGUGUCAAAGAAGCCUUUGCAUUAUAUGGGAUGCCCAAUUCCUCUGGAUUGGUUAACCGCCGCAACGUGAUCUCCACUACGGAUGCUAUCGUGGUGUCCCGGUUGAAGCAAGCAGGCGCGAUUCCUCUGGGGGUGACCAACUGCAGCGAGCUGUGUAUGUGGUUUGAGUCGAGCAACGUUGUCUACGGCCGAUCUAACAACCCCUAUAACCUGGACUGCAUUGUGGGAGGCAGCUCAGGAGGUGAAGGUUGCAUCGUAGCUGCUGCUGGCUCUGUGAUUGGGGUCGGCUCCGACGUCGGGGGCAGCAUCCGUAUGCCCGCCUUCUUCAAUGGGAUCUUUGGACACAAGCCCAGCACAGGCGUGGUGCCCAAUGACGGCCAGUUUCCUGAUGCGGUUGGUCAUCGUACAAACUUCCUCUGCACUGGACCUAUGUGUCGUUAUGCCGAAGACUUAGAUCUCAUGUUGAGAGUCAUGGCUGGACCAAGUAUUUCCAAACUGAAGCUGGAUGACCCGGUAUCUUUGCAAAAUUUAAAGUUCUAUUCCAUGGAACACGAUGGAGGGUCCAUUUUCCUCUUGCCGGUAGAUAAAGAAAUUCUUCAAGCUCAUCGGAAAGUGGUGUCGCACCUAGAGACAGACCUGGGGGUUGAGGUGGAGAGUGUGGCUAUCCGGAAAAUGAAAUACUCCUUACAGAUCUGGUCAGUUAUGAUGUCUUUCAAGAGCAGUAAUAAGCAGGAAAAUCAAACCUUCACUGAUCUGCUUGGAGACCACGGAAAACCAGUCUGGCCAUCAUGGGAACUGGUAAAAUGGAUGAUGAGACGGUCUUCUCACACUCUUCCAGCCAUUGCGCUAGGACUAACAGAGAAGUUGACGAAAUACAACUCCAAGGGAAAUGCUAAGCUAGCAAGCAUGGCACAGAGCUUGCAAGCAGAGAUGGUGGAAUUAUUAGGAGAGAACGGCGUCUUCUUGUACCCUUCACACCCUGUACUAGCUCCCAAGCAUCAUGUGCCUCUUGGCUCGCCUUUCAAUUUUGCCUACACCGCCAUCUUCAACAUUCUGGGCUUACCAGUGACACAGUGUCCUCUUGGCUUGAGCAAGGAUGGACUCCCUUUAGGCAUCCAGGUGGUGGCAGGACCCCAUAAUGACCACUUGACCUUGGCCGUGGCACAAUACUUGGAGAAGGCGUUUGGUGGCUGGGUUCCUCCCGGCCAGUCCUAA